UAGACAAUUCAGUUGCGUCGCGACUUUGGAAGCCUCAGGUCUUCUGCUCGAAGGAGGCAAUCGGCUUAAAUAGGAUAACCCUUUGGCCAAAGUUAUAAACACAACCCAGAGAUGCAAGUACCUCGGGUGAAGCUCCUGAUGGGCUCGGGUGCCAUGUUCGUCUUUGCCAUUAUCUAUGGCUGGGUUAUCUUCCCAAAAAUUCUAAAGCUAAUGAUUUCAAAGCAAGUAACUCUUAAGCCGGGCUCGGAUGUUCGUGAACUGUGGUCCAACACUCCCUUCCCCCUGCACUUCUACAUCUAUGUUUUCAACGUCACCAAUCCCGACGAGGUCUCCGAAGGUGCUAAGCCAAGAUUACAGGAAGUGGGUCCCUUUGUAUUCGAUGAGUGGAAGGACAAGUAUGAUUUGGAGGAUGACGUCGUCGAGGACACUGUGAGCUUUAACAUGCGGAAUACUUUUAUAUUUAACGCAAAGGAAACGCUUCCACUGACGGGCGAAGAGGAGAUCAUACUUCCGCAUCCUAUAAUGCAGCCUGGCGGCAUCUCCGUUCAAAGGGAAAAGGCUGCCAUGAUGGAGCUCGUUUCCAAAGGAUUAAGCAUAGUCUUUCCGGAUGCCAAAGCCUUUUUAAAGGCCAAGUUCAUGGAUUUGUUUUUCCGAGGGAUUAACGUGGAUUGCUCCUCGGAAGAGUUUUCGGCCAAGGCCCUCUGCACGGUCUUUUACACGGGAGAGGUUAAGCAGGCCAAGCAAGUUAAUCAAACACACUUUUUGUUCUCUUUUAUGGGUCAGGCCAAUCAUUCCGAUGCUGGAAGGUUUACAGUUUGCCGUGGAGUCAAGAACAACAAAAAGUUGGGCAAGGUCGUGAAAUUUGACGAUGAGCCGGAGCAAUCCAUUUGGCCGGACGGCGAAUGCAACACCUUUGUGGGCACCGACUCCACUGUUUUUGCCCCAGGUCUUAAAAAGGAGGAUGGCCUGUGGGCCUUUACUCCAGACCUUUGUCGAUCUUUGGGCGCAUAUUAUCAGCAUAAGUCAUCGUACCACGGAAUGCCAUCGAUGAGAUAUACCCUCGACAUGGGGGAUAUACGUGCUGACGAAAAACUGCACUGUUUCUGUGAAGAUCCCGAGGAUCUGGACACGUGUCCACCCAAAGGAACCAUGAAUUUGGCAGCCUGUGUGGGAGGUCCUUUGAUGGCCUCCAUGCCACAUUUCUAUCUAGCUGAUCCAAAGUUGCUGGCUGAUGUGGAUGGUCUUAAUCCCAAUGAAAAGGAUCAUGCGGUUUACAUAGACUUUGAACUUAUGUCUGGAACACCCUUUCAGGCUGCUAAGCGAUUGCAGUUUAACUUGGAUAUGGAACCCGUGGAAGGCAUUGAGCCCAUGAAGAAUUUACCUAAGCUAAUAUUGCCUUUGUUUUGGGUGGAGGAGGGAGUGCAUCUCAACAAGACCUACACCAAUUUGGUCAAGUACACUCUGUUUCUUGGCCUCAAAAUCAACUCUGUCCUGCGCUGGUCCUUAAUCACUUUCUCUCUGGUUGGCCUGAUGUUCUCUGCCUAUCUUUUCUAUCACAAAUCUGAUAGCUUAGACAUCACCAAUAUGCUGAAAGAGAACAACAAGGUGGACGAUGUGGCCAGCACUAAGGAGACCCUGCCACCGGCUAACCCAAAGCAUCCGCCUAACAAUCUGCAACCACUUCAAGGUGCCAAUACACUAAUUCCCGGCACCAAACCCCAUCACUAAUCUCAAAAUGGAGCAUCGUGAGCGAUACUAACAACGGAGCUCCAGCGAUCUCUUCACCCAUAGUCGUAGUCCAAUGCACCUGUGUAGUCCAACAUGAGCUAAUAAAUUGAGACAGUUAAA